AUGGGCGCCGGCUGGCUGCGCUCUCUCCUCCUGGGCUGGUGCCUGGCGGGGCGCUGGGGAGCCGGGGCGCAGGAGCCCCCGGCCGGCGAGUACUGCCACGGCUGGAGAGACGCGCAGGGCAGAGCCCACGGAGGCUUCCUCUGCCCGGAGCGCUUCGACAGCCCCGACGCCACCAUCUGCUGCGGGUCUUGCGCCUUGCGCUAUUGUUGCGCGGCCGCCGAAGCGCGCCUGGAGCAAGGCGGGUGCGCCUACGACCCCGAGCCGCAGCCUCCGGCGGGGAGCCCCCAACCGACCUACGUCCCCUUUCUCAUCGUGGGAUCCAUCUUCAUCGCUUUCAUUUUCGUGGGCUCUUUCGUCGCCGUUUACUGCUGCACCUGCCUGAGGCCGAAGCCCACCUUGCAGCCCCCCUUAAGAUUCUCGCUGCGAAGCUACCCGAUGGAGACUUUACCCAUGAUGCUCAGCUCCUCGAAUUUACGGGUUCUCUCAAGACAAUCCAGCCCGACGGCCCGCUCCGCUCAUCCGUCCGGCUGCCUCGGCCAUUUUUCCCUCGUUGGGCCCGAACUUGGAAGCCUGGAGACGUCUUCGCCGCCCCCCUACGCAGCAGGUUGCUUGCCCACGGGCCAGUUGGUCAACCUUGCUCAGUCCUCUGGAUUUGUGGUGCCGGCCACCCCGUAG